AUGGAGGAAAUGAUGGUCGCUAUGGCGGCCACGGUCCUGCUCGCUCUCAACGUGGUGGGCUCUGGCCUCCUGGCUGGCCUCAUCGCCAUCGCCCUCACCAAGACCGUCGCCACAUGGGGUGGACUGGUUGGCGGCUUCAUCAGUUCGACCCCCACCCUCGUCAUUCCGCUCAGCCUCGGCAUCGCCCUCGCCUCCACCGACUCUGCCGCCGCCCUCAACCAGGCCAUGUGGAUCUCCCCCGUCGGCAUAUUCCUGGCGUCGACGUUCCUGGUGAUGUGGCGCGUCCUGCCCCUGGCGCUGCCCAAGCCCUGGCCCCACCGCCUGCCCGUCACUGUGGCCGUUUCCAUGUUCUGUUGGCUGUCGGGGGCCGUCGUGUGCUACUUCGCCAUCGGCGCCCUGCAGCGGGUGGCCCACCUACCGAUCCAGGCCGUCGGCGGAGGCGCCCUCCUCUGCAACUUUGCCCUGAGCGCGCCCAUGGCGUGCAUCAAGGCAGCGCCGGUGCCCAAGAGCGAGAAGGCGGUCCCGAGCGGGACCUACGCGCUGCGCGGGUCGCUCGCCGCCUCGGUCGUCGGCGCAGCGGUGCUGGUCUCCCGGUGGGACCCUGCCCUUGCCGGCAUCGGCGCCGGCUUCCCCGCUAUCGCCCUCGCCAGCCUCGUCAGCCUGUGGGUCAGCCGCGGCGAGAGGGUCAUCGCAGGGGCGAUCGGACCGGUCAUGCUGGGCGGGCUGAGCGCCUCCACCUACUGCAUCGCUUUCGGCACCCUCUACGCCAUCCUCUUCGGCGCGGGGCUGGGGCAGCCGCUCUCCCUCCUCCUCGCCCUCUCCGCCAGCUACCUCUCCGCCGUGGUUUUGGUGUCGAUGCCGGUAUUCGUGUCGUUCAGCUGGGUGGCGGCAAUCACGCGGAAGAGGCGAUCGCGACAGCUGGAGACAGCCGAGGAGGAGGGCGUGAUGGUUGAGGAGGAGGACGAGGAGAACGGCCAGCAGCAGCCCCACCUCAACAACCGAGGCGCCGUCAUGACCGAGUGGACCAAGGGCGAGGCCACUCCGCUGCUGCUGGCGGCGACCACCAGCGGCCACCACCCGACCUACCACGCGUGCACCAGCGGCGAGAACGACUGGAAGGGCCGCGAGGACUGCGUGAGCCGGAUGGCCGUCAGGCGCCACCUCUCCGAGGAGACCGAGCAGCGCAUCAAGAUGAAGGGGCAUGACCGACCCUCGAGCCACGACCACCACCACGAGUUCGACGAGUCCGGCCAAGGCGACGAGACAGACAAGAAGAAGAAGAACGAAGAGACGAGACGAUGGGUGGAUGUGGUGGUGAAUCCGGAGGCGAGCGCGACAACAACGGAGCCUGCGGCUCUGCAAUUGCCGGCGAUGACGGCCGGGAGCUGCGCUGUUGCGGCGGCGGUGGAGAUGGGCGGGUCGGGCGAAGUCGAGGGCAAGCUGCAGCCCAACCUCAACCAGCGCACCCUCACACCCCUCCGCUGA